AUGGCAUACGAAAGUAACCUAGUUUUGAAGCAAAUCAUCCACUUAUACAACCAAAUCUCAAACCUCGAGAGCUUAAAACCAUCCAAGAAUGUCGACACUUUGUUCGGACAACUCGUGUCCACAUGCUUACCAACGGACACAAACAUCGAUGUCACAGCAAUACACGAUGAAAAAGUGAGAGAUGCUAGAUCUCAUCUUAUCAAGCUUUGUGGUGAAGCCGAAGGUUAUUUAGAGGAACACUUCUCAACAAUCUUAGGCUCUUUUGAAGACAACCCACUAAACCAUUUACACAUCUUUCCCUAUUACAACAACUAUCUCAAACUAGGCAAACUUGAAUUCGAUCUCCUAUCUCAUCACACAACCCAUGUCCCUACCAAAGUUGCCUUUAUCGGUUCGGGUCCGAUGCCACUUACUUCCAUCGUCUUGGCCAAGUUCCACCUCUCCAACACAACGAUCCACAACUUUGACAUCGACUCAAAGGCCAACAAACUCGCUUCAAGCCUCGUUUCUCGCGAUCCUGAUCUCUCAAAACGCAUGAUCUUCCACACAACUGAUGUGUUAAAUGCCAAGGAAGGGUUAGACCAAUAUGAUGUCGUUUUCUUGGCAGCUCUUGUUGGGAUGGAUAAAGAGUCAAAGGUCAAAGCUAUUGAGCAUUUGGAGAAAUAUAUGGCUCCGGGAGCUGUGUUGAUGCUAAGGAGUGCUCAUGGUCUUAGAGCUUUCUUGUAUCCAAUCGUUGACUCUUCCGAUCUUAAAGGAUUUGAGGUGUUGACCAUUUAUCAUCCCUCCGAUGACGUAGUGAACUCGGUGGUCAUCGCACGAAAGCUAGGUGGUUCGAAUGGAGUUAGAGGCAGCCAGAUUGGACGGUGUGUGGUUAUGCCUUGUAAUUGCUCUAAGGUCCACGCGACUAUGAACAAUUUUGGUAUGAAGAAGAAUUUGAUCGAGGAGUUUAGUGCCAUCGAGUAAACAAGUAAUAAUUGUAACACAUUUCUUUUCUUAAAAUUAUGUGUUUUUAUGUCUUGUUAUUUUCGAUUUUAUGCCUUGUGAGGAGUGCGGU